CACACAUUAAUUUGUCUCUCCUCCUUCCUUCCUCAGAACGUUGACCCCAGAAGAUAUAUAGAGCAUCCAUGGCUUCAGAGCACUCCCAGGUCUUGUUUCUUCUCGUUUAAGUCUCGAUUGUCAUUAUGGGUAUUGGAUUUUUUAUGCUUAGCUCUUUAAAUUUUGCUCAGAAAUUGAUUGUAAAGUCAUCAUCUUGAGGAACCAAAAUUAGGGUUUCUCAAAAUUAUGGGAUUAUUCAAGUUUUAGAUCUGGGUUUUUAAAUUUUGGUUGUUAUGGUGUUGGUACAGGGAUUCUUUGGUUCAUUAUAAAGGAAGGGUGUUUUUUUUUUUUUUUUUUUUUUUUUUUUUUUUUUAAUAAUAAAGGAAUGGUUUUGUUUAUUUGUGGUAGAUUGAGGGUUUUGAGAGUUUGUGAUGUGUAAAUUUGCGGAGUAGUUUGGAUUCUGCGAUGUUGUUUUUGUGUUGAAGUUAGGGUUUUUAUAUCUGGGGCUCUUGAAUUUGUGAGGAAAGUGAUGUGGGUUUAUCUGGGUUAGUUCCGUUGUAAUCUAGGUUUGCUCAAUUGUUGGGAAAGGAAGAGUUUUGUUUUUGGUUUGAUCAUUUCGUGAUGGGUGAGGAAAUACCUGAUGUGAUGAACCUUGAUUUGAAUCUAGGUCCUGUUCCUGAAGCAGGAUCAGGAUCAAUUUCUACUGAAGCUGUGAAUUUGGAUGAAUGGUCGGAUAAUCGAAUUGAUAGAUUAAGGGAAGCUUUUCGGCGCAGGCGGUGGAGAAGGCAGCAGGUUCACAUUCCCCCUGUAGCUCGGAACAUCUCCUUGGAAUUGGAUCAAUCAUUGGGAAAUUUAGGCAAUAUAAGUACAUUGCAAGCUGGUGAAGGCAGUGUUGCUGCUGAGGAAAGAAUAAAUGAUGUUCCAAAAAUGUGUGAAAACAGCAAUGGAUUCUUGGAAGAUAAUGUUUCAGAGAAGAAGGAUGACAUUGAGAAGGGUAGCAGCAAUGAUGGAAGCUUUUUUGACUGUAAUGUGUGCUUGGAUCUGGCUAGGGAUCCUGUUGUAACAUGUUGCGGUCACCUGUUUUGUUGGUCGUGCCUUUACAGAUGGUUAAAUGUUCAUUCAUAUGCAAAGGAAUGCCCAGUCUGCAAAGGAGAGGUGACAAAUAAAACUGUAACCCCAAUAUUUGGUCGUGGGAAUGCUACUGGAGGGGUGGAAGAUGACUCAGGUCUUAAGAUCCCUCCUAGGCCAGAUGCAAGGCGGGUUGAGAGUUUGAGGCAAAUGCACAGAAGCUCUUUCAGUUUUCCAGUGGAGGAAAUGAUUCGUCUUAUGGGAAGUAGAUUUAUGGCCCGAGAUUUGACUCCACCAAGGGAUGGCAAUGUUGUUCAAGAAACAGCAGAAAGAACUAAUUCCUUUCUAAACAGGAUUAUGACAUCUCGUGGAAUUCGUAGUGAGCAAAAUUCAGAUGUGCCCCUAGUAGAGGUCAACUUCACACCGAGUAGCACUGCUGGACCUGAGGCGACCUAUACUUCUUCCUUGCUUCCAAGACAAGCACAGUUGCGCAGAGCUGCAAGGAUUCCCUCGUCUUCAGAAAGGUAUUUUGAGGCAUAUAUUAGAGCCCAAUCAAUGGGAAGAAAUCAGGAGCAGGCACCACCAGUUGAUGACAGAGAUUCGGUCUCAAGCAUUGCUGCUGUUAUAAACUCGGAGAGUCAAAUCGACACUGCUGUGGAGAUAGACUCUGGUAUCUCUCUUUCUACUUCAACUUCUAGAAGGAGAAAUGAACCUUCAAGAGUUUCAGAUGUGGAUAGUGGAGAUUCUCGUCCACCUAGAAGGAGGCGACUGAACUAGAAAGAGUCCUUCAAUUUCUUGUUCCCCUGAACUUUUAUAUCCUACCUACACCUCUUGAUAUGAGAACGAUUGUAGAACUUUUCAAAGAUAUUUCACUCACCUUUGCGGGUUUCGAGGUGCUAACAUAUUGCUUUAGGGCAAUGUAUUCAACAUUUAUGUCAAUAAUUUCUUAAGCUGCUCUUGUACAUCUGCAAUCUUCAUUUGUCUGAUUACCUUGUCUUUCUUCUCAUGAGGUGAAUCCUAUAGAUGCUCUUUUUAUUGCGUUGCAAUAUUUUUGCAUG